AUGUCAGACCAAGGAAGAAAAAACUUUUCAGAACAGAUCCACGAGGAGUUCAAGCCAGACUCCCAGAAAUCGUACGCCGAGCAGGGCAAGGAGUACAUCAGCGGCACCGCCGACAAGCUGCAGGGCAAGAUGACGCCCAACGAGGACAAGGGCUUGGCGCAGGGCGCCCACGACUCGUACCAGCAGGGCAAGAGUGAGGCCCAGGCCAAGGAGACCUCCCACGACCUCAAGCAGGAGGUCAACGACUACUACAUGACCGCCAAGGAGAAGCUCAACGAGGCCGCCAAGUACGUGUCCAAGAGCAUGCACGGCGACGAGGGCAGUAAGUAG